CUCGAAAUGGCGCCUCCUAACGUUGUUUUUUCCUCUGUUUUUUGUAUUAUUAUGUUCAUAUUGCUGACGGCUGCCAGUGGUAAAAACCACCAUUUGCCACCCAAAAAUUUUAAUGUCUUGGACUAUGGUGCCGUUGCUGAUGGAGAGUCAGAAAAUAGCCCGGCGUUUUUGAGGGCAUGGGAGGAAGGUUGUGGAUACCCAGGAAAGAGUAGGGUUAUUGUCCCAAAAGGGACAUUCAAGAUUUGGUCAACGACAUUCGUGGGGCCAUGUAAGGGACCCAUCACGUUUGUGAUCAAAGGAAUUCUCAAAGCUCCGACGCAUCCGUCGGAGUUCCAGUCGGACACGUGGCUAGGGUUCCGAUAUGUGGAUCGGCUGUCGGUGAAAGGUGGUGGCUAUUUGGAAGGGCAAGGCCACGCCGCUUGGUCCUAUAAUGACUGCUCUACGAAUCCCAACUGCUCUCCUCUUCCAGUCUCUUUAAGGUUUGACUUCGUGACCAACUCAAGAAUUAACCACUUGAGAUCAAUAAAUAGCAAGAACACCCACAUCUCCUUGUUCGCCUGCGACAAAAUACGCAUCUCCCGCGUGAGGAUAACGGCACCGGAGAACAGCCCAAACACCGACGGAAUCCGGAUCGGAGAGUCGACGGACGUCAAGAUAACCGAGUCCGUCAUCCAAACCGGCGACGACUGCGUCUCCAUCAUCACCGGAAGUCAAAACAUCCUCGUCCAGGAUGUGACGUGCGGUCCCGGCCACGGCAUUAGCAUCGGCAGCCUCGGAAAAUCCCGGGGAGACUUUGUUUCCGACGUUAAAGUCACGAAUUGCACUUUCAUCGGCACCCAGAAUGGUGUGAGGAUCAAAACAUGGGCGACUGACUCUCUUUCCAGCUCUGUUUCCAACAUAUUUUUUGGGUACAUUGCCAUGCAAAAUGUCAACAAUCCUAUUGUCAUUGACCAAAUAUACUGCCCCAACAUGCUCCCUGCUUGCGCCACUUUGGGAAAAUCUUUGUCAAAAGUACAAAUAGAAGACGUGACAUUUUACAACAUUUGGGGAACAUCGGCUUCAAAGGCGGCAAUAGCGUUGAAAUGCAGCGCAAUAGUGCCAUGUCGGAAUAUCAUUCUCAAUAAAAUCAAUUUGCGUUACCAUGGCCGAGGUGGACCUGCCAUUGCAGACUGUUCAAAUGUGGAGGGAAGAUCUUAUGGAACCCAACUCCCCAAUGGUUGUUUUUAGAUCCACCGUUUGAGAGAUGGAGUAUCGUCCUUUUUAGAUCUAACUGUUUGAUCUGUUCUGGGGUUGCACAUGAAUGAAAUGUCAUCUUUUUUAGACCCACGAUCUUAACAUUAUUUCUUGAUCAUUUCAAGGGAUGCUUAUACCGUACCCGGCUACACAGUG